UUUUAUUUCUUCAAAAUACAGUAGUUUAGUUUUUAUUUGUCGUAGGCUGUGAAAAGUUUAAGUGAAAGAUUUAGAAUUUCAGUACAAACGUUGAGCUGGAAGUUACCUUAUAAGCCAAAUAAAUAUAGACAAAAUUGUGCAUUUGCUAUUAGUUGUAUUGUAGUUUUGCUUCCAUUUAUAUUUACUUGGCGCAAUUUUAUUGCUGGCAAUGUAAUCACACCGAGCUGACGACGAGUGCUAGUGACCUAGAUUUAGGGAGUCCUGCGCUUGAGAGUAACGCCACACCACCGCCACCGCAAUCCUGCACCGUUCGCCUGUGCCAGUGACUUUGCCUGUGCCUGUGCCUGUGAAUCCUUCCUGCAGCAACAAAGUAAAGGUCACAAACCGGGAGGCAAGCGUUCCGCCUUCUCUCUUUCCACCAGAUAUGACUAAUCCGCAUCCGUAAUCUUACGUCCAUAUCCGAUCAGAAAUCAUUCACAGCAUUUAAACCUUUUUAAGCCCUUUUAUCGGGUUAGCGGAGUCAGAGACCACAACGAGCUUAGUACCCCCACUAUAUAUGACUGGGUGACCAGGAUCUGACAUGCGUAACAACAGCGGCUACAGUAUCCCGGCCAGCAACAGUCUGAAUCUGAACAACAAUGGAGCCCCUCCGUCACGUUACUACAAUGCGGAUAAUACGUUUUGCUACUACAAUUACGAUAACUGCAACCUGAUCGGUCCCGCUUGGAGCAACCGUCAGAAUCAGAAUCCCAGUCAAAGUCAAGUACCCAACCAGAACCAUAAUCUGCCGUCAAAGAGAAUUCCCACCAAGCAAGGAGCCAGAUCGAGCUACCAUCAGUCGGCGGCCAACUCGGCGCCAGAUUCCUCAAUCUAUACCGAUGCAUUUGGCCAGCAUUCCCUGGUCAACCAGCGAAUAGCUGGCAACAAGAGCUGCGAGUACGUCCACCAGACUGUUCGGCGAUCCGACGAUCAGCACUCUAAUCGGCAGUACAAGCUGACAAGGCCCUAUGCCGCUGACAAGGAGCAACAGCAGAUGCUGCUGCAGCCAUCUAUCGUUUACUUCGAUCCGGAGCUAAAGAAACGGAAAGCCCGAGGGGGACGUGUGUCGUCCGAUUAUCUGGACAAUAGUCCGGACCGAUAUCGGGCACUCAAUUCCCCCUCGCCAGAGCCAACCUGGGAUAACAUACUCUCAGAGCGCCCGGCGCAGUACCAGACGACGAAUCAGCACUAUCAGCAUUAUUUUUCGUACUUUUACAAUCGUGGAGCGGAGAAACUGUCCAAGCCAACGUUUGGCGUUGCCAAUAACCGCAAACUGCCAAUGAGUAAAUUCCAAAAGCCCAGCGCCAGUCGCAGAGAUUCGCGAGAUGCUAGUGACACCGUCGUUAUUGGUCGGAGAGACAAUUCUGAGGACAGAAGCUGGCAGAGUCCAAAAUAUGAGAAACCCGUGCUAAAGGAGAAGCUGCCGAGCAAUGAUUUGGAAGGCGAUUACCUGGACAAUGACUGGGGGGACCCUGAAGGUGGCGAGGAUUACAGGGAUGUAAAAGAAGUCUAUGAUCCCGUGGUUGUUAUUGAUGACGGCCUGGAGCAGGUCCAUCGGCGCUAUUGUAGAAUGUCCGAAAAUACGGCUCUCGAUGAUUGCGGCGAUGCUCUGCUGAAUAACAAUAAUGAGCUGAAGAUAAUGCGAAAGGCGACGGAUCAACCCGUGCCCCGUUUGCCAAUGACGCCAAAGAGGGCCAAGGGGGGUGCUGUUCCCACCAAAAAGCCAACGCCCACGGUUCAUCGGGUGCUGCUGUACAGCACUCAAAGUCCUCGGCUGGGCCGCAAGCAACAGUUCACGACCCAGAGACUCAGUACAAAACAGCAGAGCGCCAAGACAUUGGGAGGUGGCGAUGAGGGACAAACGGUCAUAUUGCUGGAGCCGGAUGAAAAGCCGGAUGACCGCAGCGCCUUAGACUUCGAUCGUAACGACGACUUCGACGAAGAUGAUGAUCUCGACAAUCUCUCAAAUUUCGACGAAAGCGACACGGCUAGUGUUUUGUCAGACACCGAAGACGGCUAUCGUGCCCAUGCCUACAAGCUCACACACUCUGUGGACCGAUUUUCAUCGCCCCAAAGCACUCCCAUCUUUAUGUCGUCUCAGUCUUCUGAAGACGAUCUUAAGAAUCCGGACUCGCUCCUGGUACCCAGCUUGUUUCCUUACGUGCCCCCCUAUUUGUCCUUCUCGUCGAACACCAAAAAGGGUCCCCGGGUACCGCCGGAACUGCAUCGAGUCCUGAAGUGGCGCAUCACAAAUAUAAUGCCAAAGGUCGUUCGGCUGAUUCUCGCCAACAGCGGGAUGCGAAUGCUGAAGAAAACCAACGAUUGGAUGGGUGUAUGGGGCAAGCACUUAAAGUCUCCGUGUUUUAAGGCCAUUCGGUCAUAUCAGAAAAUAAACCACUUGCCCGGCUCAUUUCGCAUUGGCCGAAAGGAUUCGUGCUGGAAAAACCUGCAAAGGCAGAUGGGUAAGCACAGCAACAAGGAAUUCGGAUUCAUGCCACGCACCUACAUUAUUCCAAACGACCUGGGUGCAUUGCGCAGGCACUGGCCUAAGUAUGCCCAGCGAAAUACGAAGUGGAUAAUAAAGCCACCAGCUAGUGCCCGAGGGGCAGGCAUCAGGGUUAUUAAUCGGUGGGGCCAGAUACCCAAGAGAAGGCCACUCAUCGUACAGAAGUAUAUUGAACGUCCACUUCUGAUCAAUGGAAGUAAAUUUGACUUGCGCCUUUAUGUGUUGGUUACUUCCGUAAAUCCCUUGCGAGUUUUCAUGUAUCACAACGGAUUGGCUCGAUUUGCUUCUGUGAAGUACAGUGCUAAGACGGACACUUUAAACGAUCGGUGUAUGCACUUGACCAACUACAGCAUCAACAAGUUUUCCUCAAACUACUCCAAAAACGAAGAUGUUAAUGCCUGUCACGGUCAUAAGUGGACCAUAAAGUCCCUGUGGACGUAUUUGGCAAACCGAGGAGUUCGUACCGACUGCCUGUGGGAAGCUCUCAGAAGUUUAGUCCUUCGAACGAUUCUCGCUGGCGAGAAUGGCAUUAAUAGCAUGAUUAGAGCAAAUGUUGAGUCGAAAUACAGCUGCUUCGAGCUGUUUGGCUUCGAUGUGAUUUUGGAUUCCGACCUUAUUCCUUGGCUUUUGGAAGUCAAUAUAUCGCCCAGCUUACACUCGGAACUGCCCCUAGAUGCCCAUGUGAAGGCGCCUUUGGUUCAGGGCGUCCUCAACACUGCACUGUACAACGUACCUCCAAAACUAUCUUUGGACAAGCAAAAAGAACUGGCUGCAGAAUUUUCAUUUCCUCCUGGCACACAAAUCUGCUAUGAUAAACGUCUCUAUAUAAACUAUUUGUCUCGCGAAGAAAAAGUUAAGCAUAACACCUUCACAAGAAAGUCUAUGGAAGAUCGGAAUGAGUAUGUAAAUGCAAUCCUGAAUAAUCUAACUCCCGACGAUGUGAGGUGCCUUAUAAUAGCGGAGGAUGAACUAGCUCGAUGUGCACCCUUAGAGCGCAUUUUUCCAACUGAUCAAACCCAUAAGUACCUUAAAUACAACGACAGUCCGCGGUAUUACAAUCGCCUUUUGGAUGCCUGGGAGUCGCGCUACGCCAACAAUCGCACGGAAGGCAUUGCGUUGUUGCGCGACUUCUGUCAAAACAAAUAUCAUCUUCAGGUCCCAACACCUCCAGCCAAAAAGGAUUACUUCAUCAAGUUUAUGAGAUGGAUUUUAAAGUGACAGUCGCUGCCAUCGUAUUAUUGGUAGUCUUUAUUGUUAUUGUUAGUGCAAUUACAUUAGAAUUAAUAACAUAUGUAUAUAUUUGAUAUUUAAUGUUAAUAAACUCCAUGUAUUUGUAAAUAGGUUAUUCAAAUAUUUAAAUCAAAAUGUACUCUGUUGGGACAUUACCGAAAUUGCAUAAUUCGUAACUAAAUUGUGAUCUUGUUUUUUAAAAUAGAUUGGAAUAGUGUUAUUGCUACAAUUAAAAAUAUUAUAUAAUUCUAGAAUCAGUAAAUUCGUUGUAAUUAAUUUAUUAUGGUAAGCUGCCAAUCAUUUAUGAUAUAAUAAAUGAGGUGUAUGCGAGCAAAACUUUAAUAAAGUCUAAUAAAUUCUCCAUUAACGUUAAGUAAA